UUCCAAGCACUCUGAAUGCUCACUCAAAAACUAUUUAAUACACAGUUGGGUGGAAAUGGUGGAAUCCACAACCUAAAAAGUCAGACAGGGCUUCCCACAGCAGGACAGCAGUGUGAAAACAAGCACGCUAGUGUGACCACUAUGUGACUAUGUGUGAAAAUAAACACCCAAGUGUGAGCGCUCGGCUCCACACAUGGAGAAUGCCUUGGCAGGAUGGGGGCUGGAGCUGGUAGAGUCCUCUUGGCUUCUCCAGCUUUGUCCAAUCUGCAAGAGAAUCCAAGCAGUUGGAUGGUGAGGCCUUGCACAGAGCCCACUAAGUGUGACUCACUUAGCUUAAAAUGCCUCCAGCUUGGUGACCACAGAGGUCAGGAAGACUUGCCAGAGCAGGAAAGAAAUGAGACACCGAACUCUGAGUAAUCCCACUGUUGGACCCAUUCCACAGAUAGGAACUGUCAGUUACUCUAUUUAAAGAAAAUGUGGCCCUCUCUUCCUUUCUCCACCAUCGUGGUGUGUUCUUGACUCCGCUUCUCGCCAUGUCUUCUCACAAGACUUUCAGGAUUAAGCGAUUCCUGGCCAAGAAACAAAAGCAAAAUCGCCCCAUUCCCCAGUGGAUUCGGAUGAAAACUGGAAAUAAAAUCAGGUACAACUCCAAAAGGAGACACUGGAGAAGAACCAAGCUGGGUCUGUAAGGAAUUGCAUGAGAU